ACACUCUGCAGUGUUGCUUACACAAACAUGGUCUCCAUGGAAGAGUCAUCAGCAGGAACCCUUUGUUUAGAAAUGUUUGAAGGAUUUUAUAUAGAACACUGUAUAGACCUUGUCUUGAACUGUCUCGCGCGCCCCCUGGUGGAAGCUAAAGCCCCGGAAGUGUUCAGUACUCGGUGGUCAGGAUACACUUUCAGUGUCAGAACAGCUUUCAGAGAGCAAGCAGCGCUCUCAGAAAUGUGGGUCUCUAUAGGAGUAAUCGUAGCGGUGUUGCUCGUCGCAUUAUUCCUCAAAUAUGUGUUUGGUACUUCCGGUCCGAGUCCUUUUGAUACUGACACGCGCGAGCCGCCGAGGCCGGUGGAGCUGGAUAAAAAGGAGAGAAACAAAGUGUUGAAACAAGGCUUUUUGGCCAGCAGAGUCCCCCAGGACCUUGACGCCAUUGUGAUUGGCAGUGGUAUUGGUGGGCUAAGCAUUGCUGUUCUGCUCUCCAAGGUCGGAAAGAAGGUCUUGGUGCUGGAACAACAUGAUCGUGCUGGAGGAUGUUGUCACACCUUCUCAGAGAAAGGCUUUGAGUUUGACGUUGGGAUCCACUACGUUGGUAAUUUAGAAGAGAAUGGGGUGUUCCGCUGCACAGUGGAUCAGCUGACCAAUGGGCAGCUACAGUGGGAACCACUGGAAAACCCCUUUGACCAGGUGGUCCUGGGUCCACCGGAGAACCGGCGCGUCUACCCCAUUUACAGUGGCCGAAACCGUUUCUCCCAGGAGCUGAAGAAGCGCUUCCCAGGAGAGGAGAAGGCCAUCGAUGAGUUCGUGAGACUGGUUAAGAAAUGUGGUGAUGGCGUGUGGAUGAUGGCGCUGCUGAAGGUGCUACCGUCUCCAGUGGCUAAGUUCCUGGCUUAUACAGGGCUGGUUAAUCGCCUGUCCAACUUCCUCUCCUAUGGCCCACGCAGCCUGGCCGAGGUGGUGAACAGUCUCACGGAGAAUAAAGAACUCCGGGCUGUGCUCUGCUACAUCUUCGGAACCUACGGAAAUCCUCCAAAAGAAGCCAGUUUCUCCAUGCACAGUUUGCUGGUGUCCCAUUACCUGCCCGGUGCCUGGUACCCUAAAGGAGGUGCCAGUCAGAUCGCCUAUAACAUGAUCCCCAUCAUCGAGAAGGCAGGAGGAGCCGUGCUUGUCAGAGCAUCAGUCAACCGCAUCCUGCUCAACGCCGCCAAUGAGGCUAUAGGGGUGAGUGUGAUGAAGGGACAAGAGGAGGUCCAUGUGCACGCUCCCAUCGUGAUCUCAGAUGCAGGAAUCUUCAACACCUACCAGCAGCUACUGCCUAAAGAGGUGCAAAAUAGUGCAGCGAUCCAGAAGCAGCUGAGUAUGCUGAAGCAUGGAGAAGCCGGACUCAGCAUCUUCCUGGGUCUGAACGGAACGAAAGACGAGCUGGGCCUCAAAACCAGCAACUACUGGGUCUUCUGCGAGAAUAAUCUGGACGAGCUGGUAAACGACUACAUGACAGGAGAGAGGGAGGAGUCACUGAAAAGCAUACCUCUGCUUUUCAUCGCCUCACCAUCUGCCAAAGAUCCCACCUGGGAGCAGAGAAGUCCAGGUAAGUCCACUCUGAGUGUGGUCAGCUUCACCCCCUACUCAUGGUUUGAGGAAUGGAAAGACGAGAAAGUCAAGAAUAGAGGGGCCGACUAUAAAGAACUUAAGGCGUCCAUCAUCAACUCUGUUUUGGAAGUGGUAACUGAAUUUUUCCCCAAGAUCAAGAACAGGAUUGAGUACAUGGAUGCGGGCACUCCCAUCUCUAAUCAGCAUUAUUUAGCAGCUUCUAAAGGAGAGAUCUAUGGAGCUGACCACGGCGUUUCACGCUUUACUGCAGAAGUCUGUGCCACCAUCAGAGCACAAACGCCCAUCAAAAACCUCUUCCUCACAGGCCAAGACUUAAUUGUGUGUGGUUUUGCGGGGGCAAUCGCAGGAGCUAUGGUCUGCGGCUCUGCUGUUCUCAACCGCAGCCUUCACAUGGACAUCAGAGCCCUUAGAAAGAAACUGAAACAUGCCAACACUAAGAAAGUCCAGUAACCAUGGCAACAUGCACUCAUCCCCAGAUGACAAGAAGGCAUAUAUUACGAAUCGUUUUAAGCAAGUAAACGAAUGAAAUUAUCAUCACAUAAUCACAUAAUCCUCAGUAAAUUAAUAUUUGCUCUACUGAGCCCUUUUAUUUUUUAAUAAUGUGUGACUACACUAAUGCAUUUAUAUUGAAUAUAUGUACAU